AUGCAGACUGCUUCUACAAACAUUUGUGAAAGAAUGGGUCGCUCUCAGGAGCUCAAUGAAUUCAAGCAUGAUACCGUGAUAGGUUGCCACCUGUGCAAUAAGUCCAUCCGUGGCGAUUUCUUUCUACUAUAUAUUUCCAUGGUCAACUGUUAGUGGUAUUAUAAAAAAGUGGAAGCAACUGGGAACAACAGCAACUCAACCACAAAGUGAGCAGGGUCAGCGCAUGCUGAACAGUGUGCAGAAGUCUCCAACUGUCUGCAGAGUCAAUAGCUAAAGACCUCAAACUUCAGUGGCCCUCAGAUUAGCACAACAAAAGUGAUAGAGAACUUCAUGGAAUGGGUUUCUAUGGC